GAGGUACCUCACGACACCGGACCUAAUAAAAAUUCCUUGCCGGUAGACCUAAUUGGUGUUUUGCAAAAGCCCAGAAUUCGGGGAGAUGGAGGGAGAAAGGAAGGUGGUGGUGGCUACUCUUCAGUUUGCUUGCUCCGACUCCGUCUCCGGCAACGUUGAAACAGCUGAAAGGUUGGUCAGGGCUGCUCACAAGAAGGGUGCAAACAUUGUUCUCAUUCAGGAAUUAUUUGAAGGCUAUUACUUUUGUCAGGCUCAGAGGGAGGAUUUCUUUAAGCGUGCUAAGCCUUAUAAAGAUCAUCCAACAAUUUUAAGGAUGCAGAAACUUGCUCAGGAAUUGGGUGUGGUCAUACCUGUGAGCUUUUUUGAAGAAGCAAAUAAUGCACAUUAUAAUUCAGUAGCCAUAAUUGAUGCUGAUGGAACAGAUCUUGGGCUUUAUAGGAAAUCUCAUAUUCCUGACGGACCAGGAUAUCAGGAAAAAUUCUACUUCAAUCCUGGCGAUACUGGUUUCAAGGUUUUUUCAACUAAAUUUGCCAAAAUUGGAAUUGCAAUAUGCUGGGAUCAAUGGUUUCCAGAGGCUGCAAGGGCUAUGGUUCUUCAAGGUGCAGAGAUACUGUUUUACCCAACUGCUAUAGGAUCAGAACCACAAGAUUCAGAACUAGAUUCUCGCGAACACUGGAAGCGAGUAAUGUGUGGUCAUGCUGGAGCCAACUUGGUUCCAGUUGUAGCCUCUAAUAGAAUAGGCAAGGAAACUAUUGAAACAGAACAUGGUGAUAGCACAAUAAAGUUCUAUGGAAAUUCAUUCAUAGCAGGACCUACCGGCGAAAUCGUGGCACUUGCAAAUGAUAAAGAUGAAGCUGUUUUAACAGCUGAGUUCAACCUGGAUAAAAUUAAGUACCAGAGACAUAGCUGGGGAAUUUUCAGGGAUAGACGCCCAGAUUUAUACAAGGCGCUCUUGACAUUAGAUGGAACCAGAAAAUCAUCAUCAGGUUGAAGUUCUGAAACUUCCAAUAUGACUCAAUAAGUUCUGAGAUCAGUCCAUGGAAAAAAAAAAGUUCAUAAUGUUGAACUGGAAUGAAAUAAUUUAUUAUUAGAUUGCACAAUCUUAGCAAUUUUUGCUGAUAUUUUAUUCAGAUAUGAACUGUAAUAACUUUAAGAAGAGAUUUAGAAUGGUUUAUAACAGCUGUAUGAACUAACAAAGAUUCCUAUCUUUUUAAUAUCAAAUUAGAGGUAGAAAUGUC